AUACGGCUCCUCUACUGUCCAGUGUUCACUGACUCAACAUCAUGUCUGAUAUUAACGACUAAAACUCGCCUCGGGUUUCUGUAGUUUAUUUUAAUUCAAGCAACACGACGUUAUUAGUUCGUUUAACACUUUAAAUUCCUAGUAAAAUUCGUCAUGUCAUCACGGCUGAGUGUUUUUCUCUUCAUGGCGGUCAUGGGCUCGGCUGUACCGGAGAAACCGUUCCACAGUCGGGAUCACUCGGAUUUAGAAAUGUCCUCCUCUCACCUGGCCGAGCUCAUCACUGACACCGGCACUGCUCAGCACUUUCUGUUCAAGUACGGUUUCAUGAAGCCAGUGAAUUGGGAAAGCACCCAAAGCCCUGACGCUGACACUCCACCUGAUGCUGACAUCUUCUCCAAGGACACGGUGUCUCUCGUUCAGGAAGGGACUUCCUCGUCCCGCUCAGGAGACACCGAUCAUCCCCGAGAGUCACCCGACUUUGUCAGAGCUCUGCUGGAGUUCCAGCGCAUGUCUGGUUUACCCGUUACAGGCGUGUUCGAUGACGCCACCAAAGUGGCCAUGAACAAACCAAGAUGUGGCGUCCCUGACAGGGAAGAGGACCAGAUUGAGACCAGCACCGCCGCAGCGAACCGAAAUGAAUCCUCUGAGCUUUUCAACACCACAGCGACUCCACAGAGUAACGGCACAGACGUCGACGUAGUUCAGAACGGCACCUCUGACAAGGCCGAGACAGAAAAACAGCGCCACCUACAGACACUGAUGCGUAAAAGCAUCGGUAGGAGGAAAAGAAGCACUGGUGCAUCGUGGGGCCACGCUGCAUUCGCUAAGAGCGUCCUGACAUGGCGGCUGAUCGGCGAAGGCUACAGCAGCCAGCUCUCGGUAGACGAGCAGCGCUACAUCUUCAGGCUGGCCUUUAGGAUGUGGAGCGAAGUCUCGCCUCUGCAGUUCGUCGAGGAUCUGCGUUCACCACCGGACGUGAUCGACAUCAGACUGGGCUUCGGCACAGGUCGACACUUCGGGUGCUCUCAGAGGUUCGACGGUGCCGGAAGGGAGUUUGCUCACGCCUGGUUCCUCGGUGACAUCCAUUUUGACGAUGACGAGCAUUUCACAGCCCCCAACACGGGAAGUGGGAUCAGCCUGCUUAAGGUUGCUGUGCAUGAAAUCGGCCACGUGCUGGGCCUUCCUCACAUUUACCGCUCAGGAUCCAUCAUGCAGCCCAGCUAUCGGCCCCAGGAUGACGGCUUUGAGCUGGACUGGCUCGACAGGAAGGCCAUUCAGAACCUCUACGGAGGGUGCGGGGGUCGGUUCAGCACCGUGUUUGACUGGAUCAGAAAGGAGAGAACGGCGUACGGCGAAGUGGUCGUGCGCUUCAACACCUACUUCAUGCGCGACGGUCGGUACUGGCUCUACGAGAACCGCAGCAACAGAACUCGUUACGGAGAUCCGGUGUCGGUGCAGGUCGGCUGGCACGGACUCCCGUCGUCCGGCGUGGACGCCUACGUGCACGUCUGGAGCCGCGACACGGACGCAGUGUAUUUCUUCAAAGGAGCUCAGUAUUGGAGAUACGACAGCGAGAACGAUCAGGCCUUCACUGAAGACGCAGACGGCCAGCGUUACCCCCGUCUCAUCUCCGAGGGGUUCCCCGGCGUACCGAGCCCCAUCGACACGGCCUACUACGACAGGAGAGACGCUCACAUCUACUUCUUUAGAGGUUCCAUGGUUUACAUGUUCGACGUCAAAGCUAACAGGCUAGCCGCUAAAUCUCCUAGGAAAAUGACCGAGUUGUUUCCUGCCCUGACCCCGGGCGACCAUCCUACGAGCAACCUGGACGCCGCAUAUUUCUCGUACACCCACAACGCCCUCUUCCUGCUAAAGGGCGCCUCCUACUGGAGGGUGGCGGGAAGGAGGGAGCGCAAGACGAAACGCUCGCUGCCUUACAACAGCCUGCUGCCGAGUCGAGACGUGCAGCAGCAGUGGUUCGACAUCUGCGACGUACACGCCGGAGCUCUGAAAACGAGCCGCCGGUGACGGAGGGGUCAGCGCAAGAACGAGCACCGUCCACCAGUCAGAGACUGCGGUUUAGAAGCUCUCGCGAUUCACCGGUCAUAUACGAAGACUAUCACACACAACUAAAACAAACAACGUAGUAUUUUUGUCUAAGCAGCGCUGCUGUGCACGGGUAGAUCUGUGCACAACAUACAUUUCCUGCAGCAUUUUAGACGUUUAUGUAAACACGAAAGCACUACAGAUGACUCCAGACAUCCAUAAGACAAGAUUUAAAAAGGAGGUACAGUCAGGUCCAUAAGUAUUUGGACAGCGAGCGUUUUCGCAAUAUUGCCUCUGUAUAUGUGAUCGAAGUGUAGACUUUCAAUUCAAAGGGUUUAACAAAAAAUAUUGCAUUAACUGUUUUGGGAAUUACAGCCUCCAUUUUCUUUUCUGUUAAAUGUCUGGUUUCAUGUACUGGACCCUAACCAUCAUAAAAGGGAUCCGGUCAGGACCCUCGGUUGAUUACAUGCCGUUUGUUCCACGAAUACGUAAAAAGGAACAGUCCGUGUAUUCAGAGUAUUCAAAUGGCAUUACAGAAUAUCGUUUACAAGGCAGUCUUAGCGAGAACCGGACGUAGCGAGAGCGGUCAGCGGUUUUCAUUUCCAUUUACGCAUUUUAUGCGAAAGCAGCUUUGAUCUUCCGCAGCCAUCUUGGAACCAGAACGGCAGCCAUCUUGGAACCCUAUUAUCAGCAAAUCAAGAGAAAAUGAUUCAUAAUAACUCACGCUGCCAAUAACCAACGCAACGUUCGUAGGCACGUUGUGACGCGAGUGUUUUUGUACGAAUCCGUAACGCAAACCCGAGUCGGACCCUCACGACGCGAUUUAGACGUGUUCUGACACGUUCGCAAAGUCCAUACGGUUUUACAGAAUAUAAACGUGUAAAAACGCAGGCGCGGAGAGCUGUAGAGGUCUAGAGCAACGUUUCAUUUUAUGCACCGUUUCCUUAUUUAUAAUCCUAUUUAUCAGUGGACCAAAAAAAAAACAGUGUUUACUUCCUGUUUGUGUGAAUUGAACUGUUGUUUUUUUUUAAUUUAAUAAUUGUUUAUUUUUUGUACGAGAACAAUAAAAUGACAUCUCUUGGAUUCAUAUCUGUAGAGAGAGUACAAGAGAGUUUAAAUAAAGUUCAAGUG